AUGCUUCCUACAAUCACGCAAGAUUCACAACUUGCGACAGCCGUCGCCAAUGUUGUCCGACCCAAGUUGGUGGAGAUGGGUUGGAGUACGGAUGACGGCCAGGAGUCCGCUCUCAUUGAAUACAUCGUUCUGAUGCUGGUCAAUGGCAAGACUCAGGAACAACUGGCAACUGAGCUUUCAAAUGAUUUCUUGGGUCUCGAGGAGGGUGACACACAAGCUCUGGAGUUCUCAAGGUGGCUCUUUGGCCAGGUUGAGAUCCUCGACCAGGAACUCAACGGUGGUGGUGUCUCGGGCGUUGAGAAUUCCGCUGCGCCUCAGAGUGUGCUCUCUCCGAAUGCUCCGGAUUUCACUCCACAGGGGAAUGGUAUGGAUGCCGAAAUGGGUGACGCGGGGGAUUCUGUCCCUACUGGUCCUAAGGCUAUGCGCAACGGCCGAGGAGGGGGCCAACGGCGCAUGUUGAAUCAGAUCAACCGGACCUUGGAUCGACAAGGGGAUGGCGCACUUCACCGCGUUCGCGGUCACCAAGGGAACGGACGCGUCGGCGGUUACAACCAGAACAACAUGAAGAACAAUCGCGGCGGUCGUGGGGGACGCAACAUGGGUGGAAUGAUGGGUCAGAACAUGGGUGGGCCCGCGAUGCAAAUGAGUCCCGAGAAUCAGAUGCAGAUCAUGGCCAUGUUGGAGGAGCAAGCCCGCAUGAUGUCUCAACUCAUGCCCGGCUUUGUCCCUCCCGCUAUCAACCCCAACUUCCAAAAUGGUGGGCAGCAGGGUCGCUCACUAUUUGACCGCGUUGAACCACAGGGUCGCCGUGGGGGACGUUUCCAGGGCCGCGGUGGACACCAACAUAAGGGUCGUGGUGGAGAAAAUGGCGACAUCGAGAUGGAUACUGCCAUGGAUGGCGAGCAGGAUGAGAGUAAUCCCAACAGUGUCUGUCGCUUCAAUCUCCGCUGCACGCGCAAGGAUUGUCCCUUCGCACACCAAUCCCCCGUCGCCCCCGAAGGCACGGCCGUUGAUGUUUCCGACAUCUGCUCCUUUGGCGCCGCUUGCAAGAACCGAAAAUGCACUGGCCGUCACCCAUCCCCGGCCGUCAAAUCCGCUCAUCAAGCGGAGGAGAUUUGCAGGUUCUUCCCGAACUGCACAAACCCUCACUGCCACUUCAAGCACCCCGACAUGCCUCUUUGCCGGAACGGUGCUGACUGCAAGACCGAGGGUUGCAAGUUCACACAUCUUCAAGUUCCCUGCAAAUUCAAUCCCUGCAUGAACCCCCGCUGCACGUACAAGCACGUGGAGGGCCAACGCGGAAACUUUGGUGACAAAGUUUGGACACCGGGUUCAACAAGCGAGCGUAAAUUCGUCGCCGACGAGGGUGCGCCGGAGGAACUGAUCAAGCCGGAAACCGAGGAGACUUCGCAAAAUCAAGAACUUACGGCGUGA